UGGGGCCGGGGAGGGGCGGGAAGGUGGCGGCCGGAGCAUGGCGGACCAGAUCCCUCUGUACCCGGUGCGCAGCGCGGCGGCCGCGGCCCACCGCAAACGCGCGGCCUACUACAGCGCGGCGGGGCCCGGGUCGGGGGCCGAGUGGCCCAGCAGCAGGUACCAGCUGGAAGAUGAGUCCGCCCACCUGGACGAAAUGCCACUAAUGAUGUCUGAAGAAGGCUUUGAGAAUGACGAGAGUGAUUACCACACGCUACCACGAGCGAGGACCGCACGACGAAGGAGAGGACUGGAGCGGUUUGUCUGUGGAGGCUGGAAGCUCCUCUGUACGAGUUGCUGUGAUUGGCUGGUAAAUAUUUGUCAAAGAAAGAGAGAACUGAAAGCUCGCACAGUGUGGCUCGGAUGUCCUGAAAAGUGUGAAGAGAAGCAUCCCCGAAACUCUAUCAAAAAUCAGAAAUACAAUAUAUUUACCUUUAUACCUGGGGUUUUGUAUGAACAAUUCAAGUUUUUCUUGAAUCUCUAUUUUCUGGUAGUAUCCUGCUCGCAGUUUGUACCAGCAUUGAAAAUAGGCUAUCUCUACACCUACUGGGCUCCUCUGGGAUUCGUUUUGGCUGUUACCAUCAUGAGGGAAGCAAUUGAUGAAUUUCGGCGUUUUCAGCGAGACAAGGAAGUAAAUUCACAGCUAUACAGCAAGCUCACAGUAAGAGGUAAAGUGCAAGUUAAGAGUUCAGACAUACAAGUUGGAGACCUCAUCAUAGUGGAAAAGAAUCAAAGAAUUCCAUCGGACAUGGUAUUUCUUAGGACGUCAGAAAAAGCAGGUUCGUGUUUUAUUCGCACUGACCAGCUCGAUGGUGAAACUGACUGGAAGCUGAAGGUGGCGGUGAGCUGCACGCAGAGGCUGCCAGCCUUGGGGGACCUUUUUUCAAUCAGUGCUUAUGUUUAUGCUCAGAAGCCACAACUGGAUAUUCACAGUUUUGAAGGCACCUUUACCAGGGAAGACAGUGAGCCGCCCAUUCACGAAAGUCUCAGCAUAGAAAAUACACUGUGGGCGAACACCAUUGUGGCGUCAGGUACUGUAAUAGGUGUUGUCAUUUAUACGGGAAAAGAGACUCGAAGUGUAAUGAACACAUCCAAUCCAAAAAAUAAGGUUGGUUUGUUGGACCUUGAACUCAACCAGCUGACCAAAGCGCUGUUUGUGGCUUUAGUUGCCCUGUCGGUUGUUAUGGUAACCUUACAAGGAUUUGUUGGCCCGUGGUACCGCAGCCUGUUUCGGUUCCUCCUCCUCUUCUCCUACAUCAUUCCCAUAAGUCUGCGUGUGAACUUGGACAUGGGCAAGGCCGCGUACGGGUGGAUGAUCAUGAAGGACGAGAGCAUCCCCGGCACAGUCGUGCGCACCAGCACCAUCCCAGAAGAGCUGGGACGCCUGGUGUACCUGCUGACCGACAAAACAGGAACCCUCACCCAGAACGAGAUGGUGUUUAAGCGGCUGCACCUGGGGACUGUGUCUUAUGGAGCAGACACGAUGGACGAGAUCCAGGGCCACCUCAGGAAUCCGUGCCCGCAGAUGCAGUCCCAGGCUGGCGGAAACAAUGCCAGUUCAACGCCCCCGAGAAAAGCCCAGUCUUCAGCUCCCAAAGUCAGAAAAAGUGUCAGCAGCCGAGUGCACGAAGCGGUGAAGGCCAUCGCGCUGUGCCACAAUGUGAGCCCUGUGUACGAGUCCCGAGCCGGUGUGGGCGGGGAGGCCGAGUACGCCGAGGCAGAUCAGGACUUCAGCGACGGGAACCGGACCUACCAGGCCGCCAGCCCGGACGAGGUGGCCCUGGUGCGGUGGACGGAGAGCGUCGGCCUCACGCUGGUCAGCAGAGACCUGGGCUCCAUGCAGCUGAGGACCCCCAGCGGCCAGAUCCAGACCUACUGCAUCCUGCAGAUGUUCCCCUUCACGUCAGACAGCAAGCGGAUGGGGGUCAUCGUCCGGGACGAGUCCACCGCGGAGAUCACCUUCUACAUGAAAGGGGCCGACGUGGCCAUGUCCUCCAUCGUGCAGUACAACGACUGGCUGGAGGAAGAGUGCGGAAACAUGGCCCGGGAAGGCCUGCGCACCCUCGUGGUCGCCAAGAGGGCGCUGACAGAGGAGCAGUACCAGGACUUCGAGAGCCGCUACAGUCAGGCCAAGCUGAGCAUCCACGACAGGGCGCUCAAGGUGGCGGCCGUGGUGGAGAGCCUGGAGCGCCAGAUGGAGCUGUUGUGCCUCACGGGUGUGGAGGACCGGCUGCAGGCGGACGUGAGGCCCACCCUGGAGCUGCUGCGCAACGCGGGCAUCAAGAUAUGGAUGCUGACAGGCGACAAGCUCGAGACCGCCACCUGCAUUGCCAAAAGCUCGCAUUUGGUGUCCAGAACCCAAGACAUUCACAUUUUCAGACCAGUGACCAAUCGGGGAGAGGCCCACUUGGAGCUUAACGCCUUCCGGAGGAAGCACGACUGCGCUCUGGUCAUAUCUGGGGACUCGCUGGAGGUGUGCCUCAAGUACUACGAGCACGAGCUGGCGGAGCUGGCCUGCCAGUGUCCCGCCGUGGUGUGCUGCCGCUGCUCGCCCACCCAGAAGGCCCGCAUCGCGAAGCUGCUGCAGCACCACACGGGGAAGCGCACGUGUGCCGUUGGUGACGGGGGAAACGACGUGAGCAUGAUCCAGGCGGCCGACUGCGGGAUCGGGAUCGAAGGGAAGGAGGGCAGGCAGGCCUCCCUGGCAGCGGACUUCUCCGUCACGCAGUUCCGCCACAUCGGCCGGCUGCUGAUGGUCCACGGGCGGAGCAGCUACAAGCGGUCGGCGGCACUGGGCCAGUUCGUCAUGCACCGGGGCCUCAUCAUCUCCACCAUGCAGGCCGUGUUCUCCUCUGUCUUCUACUUCGCAUCCGUCCCUCUGUACCAAGGAUUCCUCAUGGUGGGGUAUGCGACCAUAUACACCAUGUUCCCGGUGUUCUCGCUGGUGCUGGACCAAGACGUGAAGCCGGAGACGGCGAUGCUGUACCCGGAGCUGUACAAGGACCUCACCAAGGGGAGAUCCUUGUCUUUCAAGACCUUCCUCGUCUGGGUUUUGAUCAGCAUUUACCAAGGUGGCAUCCUCAUGUACGGGGCCCUGCUCCUGUUCGAGUCCGAGUUUGUGCACGUGCUGGCCAUCUCCUUCACGGCGCUCAUCCUCACGGAGCUCCUGAUGGUGGCCCUGACCAUCAGGACGUGGCACUGGCUGAUGGCGGUGGCCGAGGUCCUCAGCCUGGGCUGCUACGUGGCCUCGCUGGCUUUUCUGAAUGAGUAUUUUGAUCACGGUAAAACCCACGUCAGAACACUUCACGACACAAAAAGCUUGUUUUCGUGGAAAGAUUAAAGUCCUUGUCAUAAUUUGAAAAAUUCAGAUCGUCAGCACGCUGGCUUCUGAAAAGACACUGAAGAUGACCGUUUCCAUAAGUCUCCACGGUUUGUCCCUCUUCCCAGGGGACGGGCGGGCUUGCCCCCGACACGGAGGCCACAGGGCCCCAUGGCGGCGGCACGAAGCGCCGUGGGCACUGUAAUGGGGUCACUGGGCACGCUCACCCCCACUCCGCUGUCCCUGGCCUAGCGACCUUGACAGGGUGGCCUCACGGAACCUGUCCCCACACGUGGCUGCUGGUCCACACUCAGACUGUGGCUCCGGUUGCCACCAGGCUGGUCCUGGUCACCCUGCCGUACAGAUCGGAGGGAGAGUGGGCCAGAGUCGCCCUCACCUGCCACCUGAUGCCACCUGCCCAGGACCCGCCCGACUGUCUCAAAGCGCUUCCCUCGGGAGGGACUCCUGCCCGGAGAAGCCCCACGCGGUCCCUUCAUCACGUUGUCCUCACCACACAGCAGCUCCUCCCUCCCUGUUGCCAGUCUUGGGCCUUUCCAGCCGGAGGUGGACGCCCAGUGGCCAGUUCUGUUGGGCGCCGUCCUGGAAGGGAUUGAUGUGGCCUUGGGACUGCAGGGAUUUUAGAACUAGGGCAGCGAGAAGACAGGAUAUGGUCAGAUGAGCCCAGAGAUGAUGUUUGUCCUUCGGGCAUCACCGUCAGGUGCUCGGGCCAACCCCCACCCCGAGCCCCGGCCCCCGCAGGGUGGAAACGGUUCUUGGGUCCACACUGCACGUCAGAAACUCAGCUCAGUGACUGCUUUCCCCGAUCUGACGUGGAACUUCCCAGGGGACUUUGAGAAAAGGGAAGACUGCGUCGUGUCCCUGGUGGUUUCGUCAGCGCCAAUAACCCAGCAAAAGAUGCUGCCUGCUCGUACCCGCUGUUGCUGUGCAAAGCCACUCAGUCGCACUCUCGUGUGACCAGUGCAGAGGACUUCCUAGCACCUCCCCGCCCCCCCCCCCCCCCCCCCCGAGCAGCAGAACUGGGGUCGCCUCAGGGCCUUGUGACAUCAGCCUGUGGCCGGCCUCCCAGCAACCAGUAAACCCGAACGGCCUCCAGACAGCUCCUCAUGUGACCGUGGUCUGUGCAGGCCAGCCCUUCCUUUAAGUUCACUCACUGAGGAUUCAGUUCUGUCACCUGCCCCACGCGGCUGGACGCCCAGCCUGACGGGCGCCUGACACACCCCACAGAGGUUCCCAGCAGCGCAUCGUGGCUCCGGUGAGCGGAGAGCAGACAGCUGGGGAGAAGCCCUGACAGACAGACAGCCGCAGCCCCGGAGGGGGGCACAAACCUCAGAAUGAGAGGAGCUGUGUCCGGUGGCCCAGAACAGGGCGGGGGGAGUAGCGUGAUAACAGAGACGUCGCAGGAGUGGAAGAUACGACCAAGGAGCCCUCCCCGAAGGUGAGCAAAGAGGCGGAGAGAGAGUUCGUGGGGUGCAAACCAGGAGGAGCACCGGUCCCUGCCCUCGACCACCGGGAUUCCCAGGAAGAGAACACACAGCAUGGGAAUGAGUUCGGAAACAGCACAAGAAAAAGCCAGAUCUGAAGUCCCUGUGUCUGCGGGGGACAAGACGGGAUGCACACCCGGACCCACCCUCCUCGGAAGCUCCAGACGCCCCCGAGGAUGGGAAGUCCCCACAGCUCCGAGGGAGAGGCCAAAGCAGCCUCUGCGGGCGGUCAGGAGCGUGAGCGUGCCCUGCAGAGGCGUCCGGGGAGUAUGAGUCGCUGCCCCAGGUUCCGAGGGCAGCGUGCACAGCUGAGCGGGAGAGCGGCUCCGGCCUGGCCACGAGGAGAGGAGGGGACGGUGCGGACGGACACGCGUGCUCCGUGAAAGCCACUUCUGGGAGCACUGUCCGAGGCCGCCGGCCGACGGAGGCUGAUUCCCGGGCCCGGCCCGUCUGCAGGAGAGCCGGGGGCUUCCGGAAGGUCUCCGUGUUGCGUGGCCUCUUUGGGGGCAGGUCACGGUCCUGGCAAGGGCUGUGCUCUGGGCAGCACCAAGGCGUCGAGGGCACCGCCGGGCCCGGGUCCAGGCUGGCCUGCGCGACUCCAGCCAGCGCCUGCCACCCGGGGCGCGUGAUGAGGCCACGUGCCGUGGGCGCACCGCUCCUGUGGCUUCGCGGGGCAUCGGGCAACUUGCUGCCUGGGCAGGUGCGGGACCCCGUGGGAGGGAGCUUCAUGGUGAGGGGCGCGGGGCGUGGGAGUCACUCGGGUGAGUGCCUCUGAGAGCCAGCGUCUUGCCGUUGGUGCAUGUGGGGUUGCGGCAGGCGGGAGGAGGUGAGAAGGUAGAGUGCCGCGUGGCCCUGGGGAUGAGGGCGGGAGGACGGCCCUGGAGUCUACAUGGCUUGCCCCCCUUCAGAUGCUGGCGGGCCCUCCCUGAUGAGCCGUCGGGUCAGAGCAUCGCCUGUCAGUAUGUCGACGUGUGUCAGAAAAUUCGUCUUGAGGCAGAAGCCUUGGUCCCUGAAAAUCAAAACGGCGACGUUUUUUCUGUGAGUAAGCAGCGUUCCAGGCCACACCAUGAGCCUUUGGGGCAAAGUUGUCUUCACCAGGAGAGAAAGAGAAGAGCCUCAAACUGCUGUGGAAGAGUACGACACAGGCACAGUUGUCUGGGGUGAGGACUGAUGGUCACGCACAGCAGCCCCUCCCGGAAGCACGUCUGUCCUUCCUGUCAGGACCGGUCACCAGCGACCUUCGUGUCAGGUGCGGGACCUUCCAGUAGGCAUGUGCACACGCACCUGGGGAAGCGCCACACACAGCAGGUUUUGCCUUUGAGACUAAAUCCCCCGGAACCUUGAGGUCUGGAUCCUAUAGGGAAUGUUGGGGGACGCACCUUAAAGUUGCAGUAAGUUGGGGCGCGUGGGGGCUCGGUCGAUCGUCCGACCCUUGAUUUCGACUCAGAUCGUGAUCUCACAGUUCAUGGGAUCCAGCCCCACCGUCCUGACAGUGCGGUGCCUGCUGGGGAUUCUCUCUGUCCCUCUCUCUCUGCCCCUGCCCUGUUCGCACUGGCUCGCUCCCUCAAAAUUAGAAAAUAAACAUUUAAAAAAUGA